AAACAAGGGCAGAUCUAUAGAUCGAAACGAAACCUUGGUUCGUAGUGUCUCUCUCGGCGCUUCACUGAGCCGAUGGAAGAAUUGGAGCAAUGGAAGCAACAAAUUGGUGAGUGGUGGCGUGUGGCUUUGGACCAUCUUCGUCAUGUUCCCCCAAUUCAGCUCUACGCUGCUGCAGCUACCCUCCUUUUCACCACCAUUCUGCUCCUUUCAUUUCGCUUGUUGAAGCGCGCAAAGUCUAAUACCAUUCUAUUAACUGGCCUUAGUGGUGCUGGCAAAACUGUUCUCUUCUAUCAGCUUAGGGAUGGCUCUAUCCAUCAGGGUACUGUUACGUCAAUGGAACCUAAUGAGGACACUUUUGUUCUUCAUUCUGAAACAACUCAGAAUCGCAAGAUAAAUCCUGUUCAUGUUGUUGAUGUUCCGGGACAUUCUCGUCUGCGGCCCAAACUUGAUGAAUACUUGCCUCAAGCUGCUGGCAUAGUUUUUGUUGUUGAUGCUUUGGAUUUCUUACCAAAUUGCCGUGCUGCUUCUGAGUAUCUAUAUGAUAUAUUGACCAAGGGAAGUGUUGUGAAGAAGAAGAUUCCGUUGCUUAUUCUAUGCAACAAAACAGACAAAGUCACUGCUCAUUCCAAGGAGUUUAUCCGCAGACAGAUGGAGAAGGAAAUAGACAAAUUACGGGCAUCAAGAAGUGCAAUAUCUGCAGCUGACAUUGCAAACGAGUUCACCCUUGGGGUACCUGGAGAACCAUUUUCUUUUACCCAGUGCUAUAACAAAGUUACAUCUGCAGAUGCUUCUGGUCUAACUGGGGAGAUAUCUCAGUUGGAACAGUUUAUCAGAGAAUAUGUGAAGCCAUAGCUGGAUAUUAUGUAGUAAAAAGUAGGGAUCACCAUGUUGGGAUAAUUGAAGUUCUAGAUAAUUGGAAGUCCUGGUAGAUGAUUGGACUAUAUUGAUUUAACUAAAUGCUUAGGUACUUGGAAAAAUGAUUUACUUUAUUAGUUCUUUUACUUUCCCCAUUAGUCCAUUUACCCUCUUCUAUCUCUUCUAUU